CGGGUACCUGGGCAAGAAGAACGUCCAGGCCGCGCUCGAGUCGUUCAACGCGCGCCACGCGGACGACGUCGCGCUCGCGAUCGAUGUCUGGCGUCGCCCGUACUCGUUCCUGAGCGACGCCCCGGGCGGGAAGGGGCGCAUACGCAACACGACGUGGCACGAGUCGCUGAUCGACUACACGGACGGCACGGAGGCGACCGCGCUUAAGUUCGAGCGGUCGAUGAACGCGCUCGGCGCGCGAACGCCCGGCGGCGUGACGUUCGACUUCAGCGUCAAGACGCACUGGCAGCCGGUGGAGAGUCAACGCGCGCAGCUGUACGCGUCUCGUUACGGGAAAGGCGAAGUGUUCAUGGACGCGCUGGGAGGGAUGCACUUCGAGCGCGCGAAGUCCGCGAGCGAGCGAGGGACGCUGCUCGACGCGUGCGAGGCGGUCGGGAUGGAUCGAGACGCGAUGGACGCGUGGCUGGACGGGGACGAGCUCGGGGACGAAGUGUGGGCGUCGUACGGCGACGCGAUCCGCGAGCUCGGGAUUCACUCGAUCCCGUUGUUUAUAUUCAGCCUGGAGAAGGACGGCGGGCCGCUCCGUCAGCGCGUCGGGAAGAGCUUCACGCACAACGGCAGCGGGAGCGCGGCCGCGUUCGAGGCGUUGUUCGAGGAAGCGUACGAAGCGAGCGGGCUCGAACGAUGA